AUGGCUCCAGCCGCCAAGCACAUGUCGGCCAAACACAGAGGCCUUCCCCAGUCGGACGCUGCGUGGAAGCGGGAGGGGCAGAUGGAGGACGGUGAUGUUACCUGUUACACCUGUCGCAUCAUCUUCCCAAACCGUGUCAUGCUCGCGCGGCAUUGGGACUUGAGUGCACUGCACAACCCUCACAAGAUCUGUGCCAAGUGCUCCGAGGCGUGUGGGGACGAGACGAGUCUCUUGAUCCACAGGGGAAGGCAGUAUCCCCGGUGCGAGGCCUCAAAGAGGCCACGCCACCAGACGUGCGUGCCAUGCAGGUGCAUCUUCCAGACGGAGGAGGAACUCUCCCAGCAUCUGAACUCCAAGUUUCAUGACGAUACUGUGGCACGUUGGGACGUGCUUGAGCGCCGCUGGGAUGUGCCGGCGGCGGAUCUCAAGACGUGGGGGCAGUAA